UUGAUGCCGGCCAAGAAAAGCUUUUCUCCACUUUUGCUCACACUGAUAUUUGAAGUAAAUACUUGAAAUUUACAGCAAGAUAUCUUAAAUAAAUAGUUUCCUCGCACUACAAUCACCAAUCCAAAUUAUAAGAAAUUUCAGUCAACAUCUUCUCCUCAUUAUAAUUGUUCCCCAGCGACCUAAAGUACCAUUCCACACCUAUUUCGGGCAUAAUUUUCUUGUUGCUUGUCAAGUUGUAGCCAGUAUGAAUCUUCGAAUCCCAAAUUCAGCGAAUUUCAUGGGGCUCUUGUUGUUUGGUAUUGCCUUUGUUCCAGACAUACUCCGUGCACAACCGCCAUUGCCGCCAACUAAACCGCCAGGCAGACCACCUACAAGAUUCCCCUGCACAGAGGCUUCAGUUUUAAUUAAUGGACUACAGGGAAUCACAGGGACAGCAUUCUUCAAGCCAAAUGUGGGAAGGAAUCGGGGAAUUGACUUCAAAAUCUCAUUGAAUGGCUUGCAAAGGGUAGAGAAUCACAAAUAUCAUGUUCAUGAAUUUGCCUUAACCCCCGGAGGUGGUUGUAAAUCGGCAGGUAAAAACUUUAAUCCAACAAAGAAGCCAAUUCCCUGUCCCGCCAAUUCACCUCAAAGUGCCUGUGCAAUUGGUGAUUUGUCAGCAAAAGGAGGAUCUUUGAAACCUGCAACUGCUGGUGCUACAGUGGGUACUGAAUACCUUGACACAGUCUUGAAAUUUUCAGACAUUCAGGGAAGAAGUCUUGUCAUUCAUGAUCAAGGCGGUGAUUAUAUUGCUUGUGGUGAGAACUCUUUCAAAUUGACUUGA